ACUAAGAAGAUGACAUACUGGAUUUGAGCGUGCUUCAUAACAAUGCCAUGCUGAUGUUGCACAUAGUCUGGUGUAACUGCAAGGCACAAGUCAGACAGACAGUGUGCUAACUCACUGCCUUAAUAGACUGCAAGAAUUCUCCUUACUCAGUUUUACAACUUUUUUUUUGCAGUAAAUAGUGACGACCUAUGGCGCUGUUAACACAAAGGACCUGCUAAAUGCCAAUAGGAGAGUUCGGAAUAAAAUAUUUUCUUAAAAGAAAAAAAAACCUGUCUUUUUGGCAUUUACUACUUGGAACUGAUACCUGGGCAUCAAGCACUUGAAAGUCUCUGACAAGAGAGCUACAGUGAUUUACACAGAGGAGAGAUUGGAGUUUCUGAUAACAAUCACUCUGGUGAGAUGCUACACUUCACACAGGCAUUUUGUGCAGUUAAAGAGCAGAGACAAGAAAGUUGAGAGUAAGGACGACAGUACUGGCUACAGCAAUCUGCAGAGGACAUACACCUGUAAACACCAUGAAGAAACUGACUCUUAUAGUCUUCUUUGCACUGGUCAAGUCGGCAGUCAGUGUUGACAAAGUGGAGGAAUUUCAGUCGAAUGAGGAAAACAAUGAGCAGGAGUUCAUUUACACAAACAGGUACAAACGUGCCACAGUGUCGAUGGAAAACAAGUGCUCAUAUACCUUCAUUGUUCCCCAGCAGAAGGUUACAGGCGCAAUCUGUGUGAACUCAAAACCUGAAUCGGUUGUGGAGAGCAGGGUCAAUAAACAAGAGCUAGAGGUGCUCAACAAUGAACUGCUGAAACAGAAAAGACAGAUUGAGAGCUUGCAGCAGCUUGUCGAGGUAGAUGGUGGGGUUGUUAAUGAAGUGAAGCUCCUGAGGAAGGAGAGCCGCAACAUGAACUCUCGAGUCACUCAGCUGUACAUGCAGCUCCUGCACGAGAUCAUACGGAAGCGAGACAACGCACUCGAAGUCUCCCAUCUCGAGAACAAGAUUCUUAACCAGACGGCAGAGAUGAUGCAGCUUUCCAACCGCUACAGGGACCUGGAGCACAAGUAUCAACACUUGGCAUCGCUGGCAAACAACCAGACCUAUCUCAUUGCACAACUGGAGGCAAGGUGCCAGCUGCUGCCAGCUGCCAAACCCGUGCAGCCACCACCCCCGAAACGCAAAAUCAACCUCAUUACAAACAAUGAGAUCCAACGAGAUCAGAACCAUCAGGACAGACGACAACUGGCACUAAACCUACUGCCAACCAUGCCAGCUCUUCCUUCCAACAUGCCCUCUGCAAGUACACCUUCUGGGCCAUGGAAAGACUGUUUAGAAGCCUCGGAGGCUGGCAACGAAGCCACUGGUAUCUACCUGCUGAAACCUGAGAACACAAACCGUCUUAUGCAGGUCUGGUGCGACCAAACGCACGAUCCCGGUGGUUGGACAGUCAUCCAGAGACGACAAGACGGAUCAGUGAAUUUCUUCCGUAAUUGGGAGGUUUACAAGCAAGGGUUCGGAAACAUCGAUGGAGAGUACUGGCUUGGUCUGGAAAACAUUUACUGGUUGACAAACCAAGGGAAUUACAAGCUAUCAAUCACCAUGGAGGACUGGCAGGGACGGAAGGUAUUUGCUGAAUAUGCCAGCUUCAGACUGGAGUCCGAGGCUGACAAUUACAAGCUUCGGUUGGGACGUUACCAUGGAAAUGCUGGUGAUUCCUUUACUUGGCACAAUGGAAAACAGUUUACUACACUGGACAGAGAUCGUGAUGCAUACACAGGUAACUGCGCACACUAUCAGAAAGGUGGCUGGUGGUACAAUGCCUGUGCACAUUCAAACCUCAAUGGUGUAUGGUACCGUGGUGGACAUUAUCGUAGCAAGUACCAGGAUGGAGUGUACUGGGCGGAGUUCAGAGGAGGUGCUUACUCUCUGAAGUCUGUUACUAUGAUGAUUAGACCCAAUCCUAACACUUUCCAUUGAAAAAGAACUAGGUGUCUUGGAACACUCAGA